AUGCGUAGCAGUGAACAGGUUCAUCUGAAGAUGUUCCAGCUGAUUGAUACGAACAAAACAGGGUAUAUUUCUGUUGAUGAGUUCAUCCAUGCGCUGCACUCGCGAGGAAUCAUAGUCGAUCGCGCCAACAUCCAAGCACUCUUCAGACUUAUUUGUAAUAGGCCUGAGCCCGAGCUAAACGUUGAAAUGUUCAUCCAUUUAAUGUACAUCUUUGAGAUGGCUGACACCACAGAUCCCAGAGCUAUACUUUUCAGAGCGGCAGAUAUAAACCACACUGGAAAGAUCAACCCCCAAGAAUUUUAUAAAAUCCUGCGUAAGCUGAGCUUUGAGGUGGACAAGCAUGCAAUCGACGUCCUUUUUAGUCACAUCGCGCAAGCAGACGGGGAAAUAGACUACGAUGUAUUUUCGCAGAUCAUUGACCGCCUUUACUUGGAGACUCAGACGAGGCAUGCGCAGCAGGCAUGA